AUGAGUAAAACGGCAACACCCAGCUUCUCUGGCUUCGAAGCUCUUUCGAACCGCAUCUUCGUUCAUCACCCCGAAAACUUUCAGACAAUCCCUCAUCAUCCCCACGCUGUUGUCGUCUUUGGCUGGGGUGACGCACCGCCCAAGCACGUGUCAAAGUUCACAGACGGUUAUCGCAAGCUCUUUCCCAACGCCAAACAAAUCGCCGUCCUCUCACCGAUUGCCCAAGGCUUCUUCGACCAUGUCUCCAAACGAACCGAAGACAUGAAGCCCAUCGUCAACGAACUCUUCCCUACUGACAAUAAUCAUUCUGAGAAUCUGAUCAUUUGCCAUGUGCUGUCCAACUCCGGCGCUGGAAAUUAUAUCUGCACGUUGAACGCUUAUAGAGAGCUGUACAACGAAUCAAUGCCUCACGUCCUCGCAGUCUACGAUUCAACCCCCGGCCAGUCAAAGGUCACCUGGUCCAAUCUCAAGCGCUGGUCCAACGCAAUGGCAAUGGGCCCAGCGGCCAAACUUCCCUGGCCAUUUUUCGUAACACAAACCCUAUGCAUCGGCUUCUUCAUCUUCAUUCAUCUCUUUGACUUUGUCGUCGGUCGUGAGUCCUCGCCAAAGUUCUGCCACAGACUAUUCUUUGAUGACAAGUGGAUGAGUAAGGAUAGUACACGUUUGUUCAUGUAUGGAAAAAAGGAUUUCUUGAUCCCGGCGGAGCAUAUUGAGGAGCACAUUGCUGACGGGUUGAGGUGUGGGUACAAAACGGAGAGUCAGACUUUCGAGAGUGGUCAUGUCGACCAUAUGAGGAAGGACCCGGAGAGGUAUUGGAGGGCUAUUGACGAGGUUUGGCAAAGGACUAUCAGUGGUUCUUGA